ACGCGCAUCCCGCGACAGGAGAGACUCGUGUACGCGCAAAGCCCGCGACAGGUCUGGAAGUGGUAGGAGGAGGCAGGACAACGCUGCUGCUGGAGCGGGGAAUGAUGGCGGUGAGCAAGAAGGAGGUACAACUUUGAGACUGCUAAACCAGGAGCAUUUUGUGCGAUGUUUUGGCGUCCAACACGAUGAAGCAAAGAAAGGAUGACUUCGCUGUGACUAUUUAGUUGAGACAGCAGAAGAAGAAGAAGAAGCCCCGCCGGACCCAUGGCACCGCUUUCGUAAAGUUGAGGGAAAGGAGUUCAGUAACAUCCAGGAGUCGUCUCUCCAAACUCAGCUUUUUUUAAUCGGGCUGCAGGACUCAUUAUCAAGCGAAAAUGAUCAAAGCAGAAAGCAAGGGAGGCGAGAGGACCCUGAGGAGCGCGUCCCCUCACAGAAAUGCAUACAAGUCUGACUUUCACGCCAUUAAGUGCUCCUUUGAUGGGCCCAAAUCUGACGGCUCCGCCAAAUCAUAUGCAAAUGGUUCCAGUGACACCCGGGAGGACUCGAGGGGGAGGCCUUUUGGGACCAGAGUGAACAAGAUCAAGAACAUAUUCCUACAGAUGGAUGGCCAGCAACAAGAAAGCCAAGAAGGGAAAGUAACUUUAAAGCCUGAAGUGACCCCUGUGUCCCCAACGAAGGUGCAAUUUCCAGUCACCACUAACAAAGUAAACUUAAACAGUCCUACAAGCCCAGAAUCACACCUUUUAGAUAAAACACCCAAGGGGGAUGAGGCUGAGAUUGACAAAGUGGCUUUGGCAGAGAAGUUUUCUGUGACCAGGAAACUCUUUGAAAAGGGCAUUACAGAGCAGCCUUCAGCUGACAAGCAGUCUCCAAACAGAGUGGUAAACCGUUUGUCCCUAGGUAGUGCAUCUGAUGAGGGGAAAAGCACAAGGAGGGUAUCUGGAUUGUCUGAGACCACUAACACAAAAACAGACCAAACCCCUUCACCAACAGUUGAAUGUCAAGUCGAUGGAAACACUGAUAGUGAAAAAAAGCAUGGGUCUAGAGUACCAUUAAAUGCAGGACCCAUGUCCAGAAGGUUGGAGAAUUAUAUGGCAGAGAAUGAAGCACCUGUGAAAGAAGGAAUUGUGUCUGCUAAGCAACACAGUACCACUGAAAACGUAUUGCCUACCUCUCCAACAAGGGACAGCUUCCAACCUUCUCCUCUCAAAGAAGCCACUAACUCUAUGCCUUUGACUGAUGCCACUAAGAAAAACACAUCACCAACAUCUUUGGGGUCCAGUGUUGUGCCCAAACCAGCAUUCCCAGCUACUAAUACAGCAUACAAAUCUGUUUCUCCAACUGAUGCCCCGAGAAAACCCCUCUCACCAGAGCAAACAGCCCCAGUCAGCCACGGGUACAAACGCUCCUCAUCAUCUGGUGAUGGAUUUAGCAGGACAUCUGUUAGUGGGGAUGAAGGCAUGCCACAUAGUAUGGCCCCGAGGGAUGGGAAGCAGCCUCCCACAUCAGCUGGUGGCUUUCCGAACACCAACAGGGCUAAAUUCCCUGAAAAUGCCAAGAUUAGUGACAGUGUAAUACAAAGUUCCAACGGUGACAAACCUCCUAGCCAGACCUCCCUGGACUCGAGGGGGGUGGGCAUGGUCCGGGCAGAACUGGUAGUAGUUCAGAACGAGUCAUCAGAGAGCGACGAGAAUGAGGAUGUGGAAGAUAACGUGUUUGAGGAGAAGAAGCAGCAAAGCCCUAAAGAUCUGCCAAUUGAUCUAAAAACCUUCCCAACUGAAAAAAAUAAUUGUAAUACUGCUCGUCAAGUCUUAGCAACACAUGUUACAAAAGAGACACAAAGAAUAGCAGAAAUUGUUGGUGAAGGUAGAGUCUUGGAAGACAAUGAUCAAGUUGGAAUAAAAGAAGAGAGUUCAUUUGUGAGUCAAGAUGGUGAUGGUACUUGUGAGGAAGAUGAUGAGGUAGCAGAGGAGGAGAGUGAGCUAGAUGAGCAAGUGGACCAGAGCAUCCUGCAUAGAGUCUCACCAGUAGUGUACGGUAUAGAGAACGCAGCAUUUGUGGAUGACCGAGAUGUGGAGCAGGUCCUCAGGGAAGAAGAUGAAGAUGAAGAGGAGGAGGAUGAAGAAGAAGAGGGGGAAGAAGAUGGAGUGUAUAGGGAGUAUGAUGACCAUUAUGAAGCCCCUGGACUGUCAGAUGAGGAAGAACCACCCGCCAGGAGGAAAAUCAAAUUCUCCACAAACCCCAUCCAGGUCUUCAAUACCUUCUCCAACGAGGAAUAUGAUCGACGGAACGAUGACGUGGACCCUGUGGCAGCGUCUGCAGAGUAUGAGCUGGAGAAGAGAGUGGAGAAGAUGGAUGUGUUCCCUGUGGAGAUUGAGAAAGGAGACAAUGGACUUGGCAUCAGUAUUAUAGGAAUGGGAGUAGGAGCUGACCAGGGUCUUGAGAAGCUUGGCAUUUUUGUGAAAACCAUAACAGAGGGAGGAGCGGCUGAGAGCGAUGGACGCAUACAAGUGAACGACCAGAUAGUGGAGGUCGAUGGGAUCAGUCUGGUAGGUGUCACCCAACUGUUUGCAGCUACAGUCCUGAAGAACACCAAAGGCACAGUGAGAUUCCUGAUUGGACGAGAGAAGCCAGGGACACAAAGUGAGGUAGCGCGCCUGAUAAGUGAGACACUAGAGCAGGAGAAGAACCUGCACCAACAGCAACCAGACUUGGAUGACCCCUAUGAACACUCCACAGAGGAGGAGGAGCGCUAUGAGGACGAGGACGGAACAGAUGAUCGGAUUCUAGGCUCCAAUUUCUCUCCAGGGAGGAACGUAGAGGUUUUAGAGGUGCCUGAUUCAGAGUCUUUGUUUAUGCCGAGCAACAUGGACGGCUCUCAGAUGGCCUUCAAGUUCAAAGAGCUGCAGCUCAAACAUGGCAUUGCCUCAGCUGAAAUAAAUCAACUAAAGGAAAAGCUGAGAGCGUCUGAGGAGGACAGAUCUUUGUGGGAAGCCAGGGAGUCUGCACUGGAGCAAAAGAUCGAGGAUAGCAACGAAAAAAUCCUCAAGUUGGAGAGUUUCUGGCUGGAGGCCCAGGAUCUGUGCAAGAGUGUGAACGAACAAUUAGUUGAGACUCAGGCUCAGCAUGAGACCCUGGACAAGAAGUACAACAAGGCGAAGAAGCUGCUCAAAGACUAUCAACAGAAGGAGAUAGACUUUGUGAAGAAAGAGGAGGAGCUGAAAAAGAUCCUGGAUGAAAAAGACAAGUGGUACAAGGAGCAGCUGGAGACCUUACAGAACAGGAUAGCUGCCCUGGAGUCAAAAGGAUCCUCAGGUGUGGAGCAUCAGAGUGGUCAGGACUCUGCAACGGACGCAACAUUAAGCGUUACAGACUCGAUGACUAACACACAUUCAGAUGACUCAGUGCUAGAACAAGACUGGAGUGAGUUAGUCCCUGAGACUGAACGCUUGGACACCAGCGCACACAGAGCAAAAGGCCUUCUGGCUCAGAGAGCUAAACGUCAGCCACCCUCUCGGAACAAACUGAAGGAGAGCCUUGCUGUGGCUUCAGGUCACCCAAAGGAAACUGAAGAAGAUGAGGAGCAGGAGGAGCAAGAAUCUCCCAGAAGGAGGAGGUCCAUCCAGGAGGCCCUGUCCCUUCCCGUGCCUGUCUGUUAUCCUGGGAAUGGACAAAAAGAUGAUUCGGCAGAGACUAGAGAUCUGUCCAAGAGUAAGACCGAGCUGUCCAGCAGCCCUUCUUUGUCUCACUCACUGGGAGACAGUGUUGAAAGCAGCGGAAGCCCCUCAUUGUCUCCUCCAAAAGAAACCUCCUCACCACACUCUCCAUCUGGGUUCAUGCGCAACGUCAAAAAGAGGGAGUCCAAAGGCAAGAGCAAAGAGCUCAAAGAGGAGCCAAAUGAGGCCUCAUCAGCAGGGAAACACAAGAGACGGUUUCCAGACUUCGGGGGGCUGAGGAAGUCAGGAGGAAAAGGGAAAAAACAUGACAAGGAGGCUAUGAGAGCAUCUUUAGACAGCAGGGGAUCAGCAGAGUUGUUGGAGGAGUCUGGGGGGAACCUGUCUCCUGCCGAUUCAAUGACCUCCAUCCCGACAUGUAUGCCCUUCUCCUGGUUUGGUGACAAAGAGAGAGACAGGGACAGAGAGCCAUCCUCUUCCAGCAGCAGUCUACCAUACACUGCUAAUGAAAGCAGCUGUGAACAAAGCCAGGAUCGCAAGAAUAAGACAAAUCUCUCCUGGUCUUCUUUAUUCAGUCGAUCAUUAGAUUUGAGUUUUUCAGUCAUAGAUGAUUCUAACCCUGCCAGUCCCAGUUCAGACAUCUCUGGGUUAGUCGCUGAACCCAAUCUGUCUGGGCGCUCACACACUUUAAUCUUCUCUUCCAGCGAGACUCUGGAUGAUGAGCCCAUAGCUCCAGGAAAAGAAUAUCACUGGCAGAACCGGCCUGUGUGUGAAUGGACCAAUCAGCAGGUCUGUCAUUGGUUGAUGGGCAUGAAUAUGGACCAAUACACACCUGAGUUCACAUCUAAGGGAGUGGACGGCCAGCAGCUCUUACACCUGGACAGUGACAAGUUAAAGGCACUUGGUGUGUCGAGUCAGAGCGACCGUUCAACUAUCAAGAAGAAGCUGAAGGACAUGCGUAAGGCUCAGGAGAAGCUGGAGAAACAGAGGGAGAAAAAGGAGAAGGAGGGGCGACGCAGUGGGAGACUGCCAGCCAGUACUGACUCUGUCUGCUGAGGAAGAAGCAGCGCUGCUCUUUAAACUCACACAGCUCAUAAAGUUCAUUCCUAGCAGAACCUGAGCAACCCUUUUUCAUACUCUAAUGCCAUGACGUCCGGGUCACAUGGUGUUUACGGCAGCAACCAGGAAGCAUAACUGCCAGUGAUGUUCCUGUCGGGACUGAGGUGCCAGAAGUGAUUCAUAUUCAAACUGCAGCUACUAUUUUCUUCUCUUUUCAGUUUCUCCCAAAUAUUUUCACUAAACUGUUUUUACCUAAAUUCAAGGAAUGUCCUUAUGGGUAUGUGACCAAAAAGGAACACAUUUUUACCACUACAAAGCUAGACGCUGUUAUUAUUAGAAGUCUGUUUAAGAUCAGACCAUGCACACGUUUACCUAUGGAAGUCAGAUGUAUACUGCUUUAUCAGCAAUUUUCUAUUUUUGCUAGAGUGACCUGUUUCCGUGCCCGUCUUUUGCAGGAAGUUAUUGUACAGUCAGAUAAAAGCACUAUAUUUGUCUUUUAAGCUUCAAAGGGCAACAAGGUUUUAAAUGUAUGAAUACGUUUUAUACAUGUGCCUAUUAACUGCAUAUCUUUUUUUAUUACUUAAAUAUCAUUGUUCUUUUUAUACUAUCUUCAUUUUUCUACUAAGUAGAAUAGCCACGCUGAGGAUUUGAUGAAUCAAAAGACACAAACAAAUCAAGUAGAGACGAUGUGAAUGCUGCUCUCUCUCUCCCUGACUCUGGCUGUGUGUCGCUGAAAUUGGACUGGAUUGCUCCAUGUAAAUACACACAGCAUGCAGGUCUGCUACACACACACACACACACCUCACAGGUUUGUAAGACGUGCCUCUGACAAGGACUUGUAUGAGUCGGGAGAAUAGUGUCACGUUGGAAACGUGAGGCUGAAAGAUGAAUUGUUCACAGCAAACCCAAGUGCUUCUUUUUCUUUUUCUCAAACAUGACUCCAUGUCCUGUAAAGAGUACAACAUGUUGGACUGCAAGAAAAUCAUGUUUUCCACAUCUUAAGAAGAAACAUUUCUUGGUACAUACAGCAUCAAUAAACUAAUUUUCACUUUAUGCAGUUUGUUUGGUUUGCUUAAUUUGCAUCAACAGCAAGUACAAGAAAACUAGAAACUUGACGUGGUUUACAUCAAGAGAGAAGAAAACUCAGACAAACUCGUUUUAUAGUUUCUUAUAAUCUCUUCUGACAGUGUUGGCUCCUGAUCAAUACUAAAACUGAACUGCUUUUAAAAGUGUCCCUUUAGACUUUGGAUUGAUGCUACGUCAUUAAACCACACGAGGCAUAAACGUGGCAUGAAAUCUAUGGACAAAACAUACGGAUCUUAGUUUCAACACAACAAUAAUCCAACUGAUGAAUGUCUUUUAUUAAGCAUGAUGCAUACAAGUGUAACAUGACAAAUGUGGAAAAAUAGCUUAUUGAACAGAAUGAGUCCCAACCACAGAAACCAAAGUACUGUAUUCAUACUGAAGAUUGUCUUUUUGAUCUGUUUAUUUUAUGUCUAUAUUGUCUCAAGAUUCUUAAUACUAUAACUUCAAAUGUACGAUUUAGGAGGAAAUCUAAAUAUGCUACACGUUAUUUAUAUCAUAUGUAACAAAGAAAAAAAAAGGUGCAAGUUUUCCCUUUCACAUCCCCAAUCAAUACUGAUUUAUCACAUGCCUUUGUACAAAUUGUUCCACUGCAGGAGAAAUGCCCUAAAUGAGAAUGAUCCACCUUUAAGAUUUUUCAGUGGAAACUUGUGACACAUUU